GCUCUCUGCAAUCUCAAGGCUAACAAUCAAACCAAGCAAAGUUGGUUAUUGUGAUGGAGGAAGAAUCCCCCUCUUUGGCUCCAUCUUUACCGGUACCCAAUGUUCAGGAAAUGGUGAAGAAUAAUCAGUUGCAGAUUCCUGAAAGAUAUAUAAGGAGUCCUCAAGAAAUAGAGAAAGUCAACUACUUGCCUCACCUUUCAUCUGACAUACCGAUCAUUGAUUUAACACUGCUCUCAAAUGGGGACACAGAGGAGUUAUCGAAACUGGACAUAGCAUGCAAGGAGUGGGGUUUCUUUCAGAUAGUAAAUCAUGGUGUGCAAAAAGAACUUGUGCAGAGAAUGAAGGAUGCAACAACUGAGUUUUUUGAACUUCCAAUAGAAGAGAAGGAAAAGUAUGCAAUGACCUCAAAUGACAUACAAGGUUAUGGGCAUGCUUAUGUAGUUUCUGAGGAUCAAAUACUGGACUGGUCAGAUGCAUUGAUUUUAGUUACCAAUCCCACCUGGUACAGAAAACUUCAAUUUUGGCCAAAAACACCAAUAGGAUUCAAGGAGAUAAUAGAGGAAUACGCCAAUGAUGUCAAACGAGUUGGUGAGGAAAUUCUUAGUUCUUUGUCUCUAGUUAUAGGGUUGCAGAAGCAUGUUCUUCUUGGACUACAUGAAGAAUUACUUGAAGCUAUACGUGUUAACUAUUACCCUCCUUGCAGUACACCUGAGAAAGUAUUGGGUUUGAGUCCACACUCUGAUUCAGGCACCAUUACCUUACUAAUGCAACAUGAUGAUGCAUCAGGGCUCGAAAUUCGACACAAAGGAUGUUGGGUACCGGUGACUCCAACAUCAGAAGCUCUAGUGGUCAAUGUUGGAGAUGCAAUAGAGAUAUGGAGUAAUGGAAAAUACAAGAGUGUAGAACACAGAGCGGUGACAAAUAAGAACAAGAGAAGGAUUUCUUGGGCAUGUUUUUUGGCCCCUCCAGAUGAUGUUGAAGUUGAGCCUUUUGAUCAUAUGAUAGAUGCUCAACACCCCAAGUUGUACCAGAAAGUCAGGUUUGGAGAUUAUAUGAGGCAAUCCAUGAAGAGGAAAAUGGAGGGAAAAGCACACAUUGAAGUGGCAAUGAUAAAUGAAUAGAAAGGGCCCAAUGAGAUUAAAAUGACGAAAGUUCUUCCUCAUGUUGUUGCAUUUUUAUGUUUUCAAAUUUGAAGUGUUUGUUUGUAUAAUGCUUAAUAAAUUUGAAGUCACACCAAGUCAUUGUCA